AUGGUUAUUGAAGUCGGAUUGAAACAAGAACAAAAGUAUUUACGAAGGGGAGUUUUCAUUCAUCUUUCGUAUAUAUUCAAUAAAACUUUUUUUUCUAAACAUAUGUACAAUAAAUUAAUUUAUCGAUAUGUGUCUAUAUUUAGUUUUAAGUAUAACCAUCACUCAUGUCAGUAUUGGUCUAUUUCCUUAAGACACACACACAAUAGAAGAACACCAAGAAGGGUAAAGGCAGCACCCCUUGUUGCACAUCUGACGUAAACGUUGCCCCCUUUGUCCAUGUUGAGCUCUCCAUUUUGAUAGUUCGUAUUGCGGUGGAGGGUGCGGUAUUACCCCUCCUCUUACUGAAAGACUCUUUAAAGUUUUAAUGUUAAUACCAAGAUGAGUUUUCCCAGGUGAUGUGUAUUGCAAGACAGUCCGUGAGAGACAGAAUUUGAUUAUUUGGAAUAACAUUACUUGAGUGUCAGUGAUGGCUAUUCUGCAAGGUCUUGUAGUCAUUGGUAUCCUUCAGUUGGUUGCCGUGCCAACACUUACCACGCCCCUCCUUCAGGACAAAGAUGAAUUCGUCGACCAGCUUAAGGCGAUGGAAGAUCCUUUUGGAAGGGUUCAGAUCGAUUCGGAAAAUGACGUUGAUGAUCUGAUCGAAGACCUGAUGGACCUCGGUGGUGACAUCCAAACAAAUAAGGCUGUCUCAUUUGACGGAGUCGACAAGGAUGUUGUUGAUGCUAUAAACCAGUUCAAAUAUGUCGAUGAUCUUGGUGACGAACUCCUCGAUGAAGUCAAUUUGGGAGAUCAGCUGAUUGACGAAGUGAAUUUGGAAGAUGAGCUUAAAAACAUGAGUGGCACCAACGAUGGCUCUACUACAGAUGUUGCAAAUGAUUCAGAUGAACCAGUUAAUGACUUGAUCGAUACGAAUUUGGGGGAUUCAAACAAAACGGUCACACCCAGCAUGGCCAUAACUACAGGGUCCACUGAUGAUAUAACGAUCAAUGAGGGCAGUACUUCAAAAACUGCAGAUGAUGAUCUGGUCAAUGACCUGAUGGAUCUUGAAAUUGUAGAAGAGGUUGUUUCUCAAGUCGUCACAGAGUUGGUGUUGGAAACAGAACCUGUCGCCGAGGGUACAGUCGCACAGGGGUAUGAUGACUAUGAAACCAUCACUGAUCUGGUUACAGAAGUUGUCUAUGACGUUAUUCCCAAUGAGGCCAUUGUCGAUGACGUAGAGCCCUCUCUAGCUUCAUCGUUUGUUACCUCCAAUGAUGAUAUGCAACCGACAUCCACGAGUGCAAAUCAAGAAAUCCUUUCAGAAGAUCAGACUGCAAUUCUAAACAUACAGGAGCCUGAAAGUACAACCAUUGUCACAGAGAUCAUCACUGAUAUUCAAACAGCUACCGAGUUCAUCGACGAUGUGGCUGAUGAAGUUGACGUUGAAACUGAAAUGACGCGAACGGUUUUUCCCGAUGACGAAGAAUUAGAAGAGGAACUAUGGGAUUUGGAAGCUGCUACAGAUGAAACGGCAGAUGACGAUGCACCCACAUUUGUGUUCAGCAGCCCUUACCCAACCAUUUUAAGUUCAGAUGAGGCAAUAGACUUUGGCCCUGAUUUAGAGAUCACCACUACACAACCAGGUUUGGACUGUGGCGAGGGCCGUUUUGCAUGUGCAGACGGGAGGCAGUGUGUUCUUCAAGAUACUGUGUGUGAUCUUAUGUUGGACUGUGCUGACGGAUCAGAUGAAAAUUCUGGUAUCUGCCAGCUGGAUCGUGAGUGCCCACCUGGAUUCACAAAGUGCAACAAGUCACCUCAGUGUAUCGAUAACAAGGAUUGGUGCGAUGGUGUUUUCCAUUGUUACAAUGGCGCUGAUGAGAAAAACUGCAUGUCCUGUAUAGGACUUGAUGGUGGGGAGAAACGGUUGCUAAUUGAGGAUUUUUGCGAUGGAGUUCAGGACUGUGAUGACAACUAUGAUGAAACAUCGGAACGUUGCAAUCAUCCAUGUCCUCUUGGCUCAAGUAAAUGUGCUGAUGGACUCCAAUGUAUUACGGACGAUUUAUUCUGCAACGGAUAUAAAAAUUGCAAGGACGGAUCAGAUGAAUAUAAAACAUGCGAUCGCACAAUGCAAGAAUGUGAACGUUUUGGAAUGUUCUCAUGUGAUGGUGUGUGUAUCAUCAAGUCCGCCCUCUGCGAUGGAAUGACAGACUGCAAGGAUGGCGUUGAUGAAAAGGGAUGCUCAGACGAUAUUUUCUCAUGCCCUGAUAGCUUCUCACGAAGGAAGAAAGAUCACUCAUGUGUUCACCAGAGUAUUUUGACGAGAGACCCGUGAGUCAGGAGAGCAAAGAUGGAUUAAAUAUUGCUUAAGAGGAAUAGGAGUAUACGUACAUGGAUCGUAAAUGGCCGAUUGUACCAAAAAGUAUAACAUUUAGUGACUUGUAAAAUUCGUUUUAUCCGAAAAAUGACUUCUAUUCAUAAAUUUUAAGACAAUUAUUUCGUAUGAAAAUAUUACAUCACUAAAUUAUUAAAAUGCUAACUAUUAAAAAAAUAUAGAGAAUAUAAGCAAAUUCUUAAACAUGUUGUAUGAAAAUUGCAGGGCUUCCCUAAUAUCAUUAUGAAAAGCCAUGAGGUACCCGGUAUGACACCCAAGAAUACAAAGAACAUUAUUAUUUAUGAUGAGAACGGUUUGUCCAAAAUGCAGGACCCAAGAUUUCAAAAUGGGGGGGGGGGGGGGGGACGCGACGAUUUUUUUGGCAAGCCCCCACCCCCCUUUCA